CAAUCAAACUUGGAUCCACCGUCCCGGAUUUCUAUUCCACUCUGACGGCAGCAAUACGCAGCCCGUCCGCGCGCCGGCACUCGUGCUGCUGCAGGCAUGCAUGCGUCCCUUCCUGUUGUUUAACGAGCACGCUAGCCUGGCGCUUAUAACGACGGCCUGCUUCUUGCCUCUUUGGUGUCUGCGCGCUCCUCCUUCACGAACUUCUGCUGCCUGCUGUCGGCCCUUGUCAGCUGUCCUGCACAGGUCCUUGAUGAUCGCCGGGCCGGACUUCAUUCAGUCCUCCUGUCUCUUUGUUAAUAAACCACCGCCGCCCAGCACGCCCCCCUCCCGCUCUUCUCUCUCCCGCGCGCCCGCUCAGCUAUGUUCAUUCGUGCCGUUAUCACAUACGAAGUUAGCGAGCAAGCUCCCGGGCCACAACGGUGGUACCCCGUACCGUACCUUAAACCCCCAAACUUUAGUCCCGCCUGAACCUCUCUUCUAGUGCGCCCAUCUUGCCUCCAUAGCUUUAAUUCCCGGCCAUUGGGACUGCUUUGGGCAUGUGUCAUUAGCUGCUCUUACAUCGCAAAUAAUAU